AUGGCGGUGACGAUGCGACGUAAUUGGUUCGACGAUGAUUUCGCGUUACGACAUCGCGAUUCAUGGUGGAGUCGUGACGAUUGGUACGAUGACUGGAAGGAUUGGCCAUCCGAUUGGCCUCGACCGAGAGACCUUAUGAGUAGGUUCUGGCGCGAUACCGAUCAUUGGUGGCGUGAUUGGCCGUCGGACUGGCCUCGCAUGGAUGCAGUCAUGCCGAGAUUCACUUCUCAUCUGGAUCGUAUCGAUCGCAACUGGAGAAAUGAUCCAUUUUGGCAGGACAUUUAUCCACGCUGGGCUGAGCCAAUUUUCAAGGAAGGUAUCGACGUCCACUCUAAUAUCAUUAACGAUGAACGAAGAUUCGCUGUUGAGGUGGACUGCUACCAGUUCAGGCCAGAGGAGAUUCAGGUCAAAACCCAGGAUGAUACGCUGAUGAUAGAAGGGCGUCACGAGGACGUACGUGAUCGUGACAAUUUUACCAAGAUGUAUUUCGUACGAAAGUAUCAGAUGCCACGCGACGUUGAUCAUGCACGUAUCUCAAGCAGUAUUGAUUCUCGAGGUCGUCUUACUGUCGAAGCACCUCGUCGGUAUGCGGUCUCGGGUAGAGAUAGGACGAUCCCAAUCGAAGGCAGUGGACAACGUUCGCAUUCGUCGUCAUCUCAUCGCGAAAGAAUGCAUGAAUCUUCGUAUACAAAUGGCUCACACUCUCCACGUGGCACUGAGGUCCCUCUUCAUGUACAAACUGGCGACAGCCGUGAAAGUCGCGCUCGUGAGGUCUACAUAUCGCGUGAUGACAGUCGUGAUCGGGAACGUGAACGCGAGCGUGAACGUGAACGUGAGCGAGAACGUGAACGGGAGCGGGAACUCGAACGGGAACGUGAGCGAGAACGUGAACGCGAGCGAGAUCGUGACCGUGAUCGUGAACGUGAAAUCUAUGUACGACGUGACGACGACCGUGACCGACUUCGUGAUCAUGAGAUUCGCGUCGCAUCACCUGGAGAGUCUUACACGACAUCGUCCAAAUACAGAUAUGAGAAGCACACCAGAGAGGUAUCGCCACACGUUGUCUCAUCAACUGAUACUCGUUCGUUUACGCAUCCAAGACGGGCCAGCUUUGAAACGCGAGAACGUGAAGUUGAACAACGUUCACCUGGCCGUGAAGUUUUUGACUCGAUAAGAAUGCAGUUCGAAAAAGGAGGGCAAGAGGCGUUUGCGGAGGAGUCGCGAAGGGAAAGAAGUCGAGAAUUUGCAUCUGAUCGAUUCCAUACGGACAGCAGAAACGGAUAUCGCGUAGAAUCGCCGGCAUCAACGUCAACAGGCAUUCUGAGGACUGCCGAUCGACCAGAAUCUCGUUCAGAAAGCAUGCGUAGCGUUCAGAUACUCCGAAAGACGUUUGGCUAA